AUGGGAACAACUGCAGGCCGCAGGCAGGCAGCUCGCUGCCUCCUUGGCCGCCCCCAGGUGCAGCUUUUGCACCACCGCUCGGCUGUUUGGAAGACGUCGCCCCUUGAGCGGAGUGCUACCGCGUUAUCGAUUGGGAUGAAUUAUGUACCAUUUGCCAGAUGGACGACUGAGGAUCGAGCCACCUCGGCGGCAGAUGUUUCCCUGGGGUUUGAGGAUGUGAAAGCCCCCCUACUCCCCCUCCUUCGACAGAGACACAAGCGCAGCGCUUCGUACUGCGGCUGGGAAAGCCCCGCCGCCGCUUUCCCCCCUGACAGGUCGCGGCAGGGAAGGUCGGAGGCCGGCGAAGCCACUUCCACCUCGGCGGCUCGCCCUUCCCUUCCCGCCCUGCCCGUCCCGGCGCGGCGCCACCGCCACUCCCCUCGCCUCGCCCGGCCGCGCCUCGCCCUGCGGCCGUUGGGCCCGGGUAACGGCUGCCGCGAGCCCCCGCGGUGGGGAGAGGGGCCCGGGGCUUCUGCGAUGUGGCGUGGAGCGCAUGGCAGGGCUCGGGGCUGCCGCCGGGCAACCACCGCCCCCCGCCGCCUCCCGGCUCGCCGCUUCCUCUUCCACCUUCUUCUUCUUCUGCUCCUCCUGCUGCAGGCACCCCCGGCAGUUCAGUCCUCAAAGAGAUUUUUAAGAAGUGCGGGGUCAAGAUGCAGUAGCUUAAAAAUAGUGGGAUCUGCCACGUUUCCAGUUAAAGUUUAUGUCAAGGUGAAUCACAACAGUCCAUGUAUUUUAUGUGUUACACAUCAUCUGCGAAACUUAGAACUUAUUGAUCCAGUAUUUCAAUGGAAUGGACCAGCUGGUAGUCUUUCUUCAGAAAAUAGCAAUGUGCAAAUAUCACCAUCAGGAACUUUAAUAUUGAGGCACUUCAACCUGAGUGGAAUUUACACUUGUUCCAUUCGUUAUAAGCUAACAGCAAUGCAAACUGAUAAAAACCUCACAAUAAAAUACUUUAUUUAUGCUUACACUGAUCCUAAAAGUUACUAUGAGUUCACAGCCCGGUAUCACGCAGGCCCCUGCAACAGUUAUCAUAAUACUUCUUUUGAGAAAGCAUUGAUUCAGAUACUGAACAGACUUGUUGGUGAACUUUCUUGUGAGGUUACGUUAAUUAAGGCAGAGUGCCAUCAUGUAAAAAUGCAGAGAGCUGGUCUACAGAAUGUGAUCUUCUUUACAUUUUCAGUUGCUUGCUUAGACAGAGAAAAACACAACAGACCGUGUCAUCAAAGUGAUUGUGAUGCAUCUCAUAGACUAAAGAAGGCAAAACAACUUCUAGAGAGAUUUUUUAAGCAACAGGUGGCAGCUAGGAGAAGUUUUCAACAGUUGUCUGAAAUAUACUACAUUGAAGGUACUCUACAAACAGUAUUGAUUUAUCACUGCUAUCCAGGAUAUGGAAUGAAUGCUCUGGCACAUCCAGACUGUCCAGAGUGUUGUGUUGUAUGCAGCCCAGGAUCAUACAAUCCCACUAAUGGAACUCACUGUCUUCCAUGCAAGAGCAGUUUGAUAUAUGGAGCAACAAAGUGCUAA